GAACUGGAUGCAGUGAACCAGCGGCACGAGGAGGAGGCCAGAGAGCACCAGGAGGAGAGGGAGAAAUGGAGGGAAGAGACAGCUGCUAAACUCUCUGACAAGGACAGGGUGCGCUACAAUUACCAUGGCACCUAAAUUUUUGAGAGAUGCAAAUUAUUUUUACGACUUCCUUUGUAAUGUGAAAGUGGUUUACACAUUAUAGAUUUGUGAUAGUCGCUUCGGCGAUAAAUAGUUCAGCGAAAUCUUGUUUGGCCGAAUUUUUACGAAAUUUUUCAUCCGUCAAAAGUUGUAUGUCCAACAUGAUAAUUAUGUACCUAGUGUAGUAGACAUAGUGCACACUACUCUAGUUACUGAAUGCUGAAAAGUGAGUUUCUGUUAACAGGAAAUACAGGUUCUCCGGAGCAGGUUUGACAAGGCAGACGAGGCGGCGACGGAGCUGAAGCUACAGGUGGUCGAGCUGCAGCUGGAGAAGGUCACCUGCGAGCAGAACCUCCAGGAUGAGGUCUCCAACUUACAGGAGAGAUUGUCUCAGGCUGAGAGAGAUAAGGAGGAGGGAGAAAUGGUCUGGGAACAGAAGAAAGAUGAACUAGAAGGAAGAGUUACUGAGUUGGAAGAGACAGUGUCAGACAGAGAGUUCCAAGUGGCUUGUCUGCAGGACCAGCUCAAAUCUCUAGAAACCUUCAAGGCUGAAACUCUCAGUAACAUAGUGAAAGAAUCAAAAGACGAAGCACUACUCAAACUCCAGAAUGAAAUUAUUGAUCUGGAGAGAAGGCUACAUUCUAGGACUAUGGACGUGGAAAUGGCACGCAUUGAUGCCGACACCCAGAUGAGAUGGAAGGAGGAGCAACUCCAAGAGGGAGUCUCACGACAACUGAAGCUAAUGGCGACGGAGAAGGAACUGCGAGAGACGGUGAGCGAAAAAGACGGCGAACUUCGCGAACUCCGGCAGCUGCUGGACCGAGCGCGAUCGGACGGAGGGAAGAAGGAGAGAGAGGUGACGAGGCUCACAACUGAGCUGGGAGAGGCCAACAAGACUAGCUCAGAGCUGGAGAAGAAGUUGGAGGAGGCGGUGGUGUCUCACGCCAGACACCUCCAAGAAAUGACAGCCCAGAAAGACACGAGAAUAGCCGAACUUUCAAAGGCACUGGAGGAGCUGCAGUCAGAGAUUCUGGGAUCUGAGACUGUUGCUGCUCCCGAGAGGAACCCCCUGGACUUUGCCACUGUCUCCACUCAGACCGACCCACCUCCCCCUCCUCCUUCUCCAUCUCCUCAGGAGGAGGCUAAAGUGGGAGAAGGUGCAGCAGUUCUCCAAGUCAGCAACAUCCCAGAUACCUCCCUGACUGUUACCAAUGGACUGGGAGGCAGUGAGACAGAGGAGAGAGAAGAGGAGGGAGAAUUGACAAUGGAGUCACACGGACUCAUAGAAGAGUUGCAGCUGUUGAGACAGGAACAGGUACGGCUGCAGGAAGAAGUUGCGGAGAAGAACAAACUCGUCCGCUUUCAACAACUCAAGAUUGUCGACAUGAGGAAGGCUCUAAAUAGAGAACUGCGUUCACAGUCAUCCGUAGACCAAUUCACACCUCCCCCUCGCCUCCCUCACACCUUCCCCGCCCCACCAUCGGUACCCUUCACCAUGACAACAAUGUUGUUGAGGGGGAAAUCCCCUGGCCCCGCCCCCAGUGGUCCGAUAACGAGCUGCGACGACGUCAACAUUCAGUACCUGAAACACGUCAUUAUUAAAUUCCUGUGCAGCAGAGAAGAUGAGGCAACUCAGCUAAUCAGAGCUGUAGCCACACUCCUGAAUUUCACCACUCAGGAAGAGCAGUUCGUCAAAGACUACUUCGACUAUAAGAUGUCGUGGUUUGGGAGCAUGCCUCAGCCUAUUUAUCAUCCUGUCAGAAACACGUGACCCAAACUCUCUAGCAUCUCUUCUUACACACACACACACACUUCCUUCAAUGCCACGUCAAAUCAUCACGUCAUUAAUUUAAAAUUCCAUCAUAAUUCAUAAUAAUAAUGGUAUAUCGGUGUAUUAUUAUCAUACAGUUUGUUUUGAUGAAUGGUGGAUUAAAAAUGAAUUGAACCCUAGUAGCAAAUAAAUAGUUGAUAUAAAACGUGACAUAAAAAACAUACACCAAAAAUUGACUUCUAUGAGGAAAAUGAAAUAUUUCACCAUUUUUCAUGAUAAUCUCGUAAGUGGCCUGUGGUUAUGAUGUCACCAUUGUACAAAUGCUGCCAAGUGGACAGUCUCGCGAUACACUGCGCCGAUGACGGUUACCGGUAGGACGGUCAUGAGGACAAGAGAGACGGCAAAAUGCCCGAGACUUUUCGAACUCUCGGUCUGGAGAUAGUGGUAAUAGUGGCAGACGGACAGACUCAAUAGCAGGCACCACACCAGAACCGAAGACCCUAUCAGGAAAAACACGUCUAGACUUUCCGGAGGAAUGGCGUCAAUGUUGAUAUUGACGACGCGGAGGAGGAAUGCGAUGAGUAGAAAAGCUGGUAGCGAUGCCUUUUUUAUCAGCCGGUUUGACGAAAAACCGAGGCAGGGGAGGACUGUUAGUGCUGAUAUCCAGAAACACCAGUUCAGGAGAUGCUCUGGUUCCAGCGGUGUUGUAGGGUCGGGU